AUGUUUAUGUCUGGGGAGCUAACUCAGCCAAACAUCACUCAGCCGAACGAUUGGGAUCCACCAUACCUUCAACUUCUGCCAGCCUUCCAAGUUCCGACAGCCUCAUCAUCAGCCUCCACCAGUCAGAAGACCGAAGCCCUUUCAAAGGACCCGCUUGGAUCGAUUCAUCCCCUCGACGGGUACCCAACCUACUCGCUUCGUCCUGAGCACGAGGCUUUGAAUCUAGAGGUAGCCGCACCGAAACCUCGCCCAGACGCACACCAUCAACCUCGUCCCAGCUUGACGACCGACUCGCUUCAUCCUGAGCACGAGGCUUUGAAUCUAUUGGUAGCCGCGCCAAAACCUCGCCCAGACGCACACCUUUUCAUUUUUGUAAAUUUUUUAUUUGAUAAUCAUUGUCUCUAG